AUGAAGUCCACCACAUCAGUAGCAGCCCUCCUGACAGCGUUCUUCGCUUCAGCAGCGGCCUUCCCUACCUACACCAUCAAGAGGCAGUCCAACGGCACCGCGGUCGGCCCAAUCGGCUUCGGCGCCGGAACGACGGGCGGCGGCUCAGCAGCGGCUGUCACGGUCUCAUCCUGCGCUGACCUCGAGGCCGCCAUCGCCGGCGAAGAGGCAAAGGUCGUGCAGAUCGACGGUGUGGUCGCGGACUGCGGUACCCUGGAGGUCGGCAGCAACACCUCGCUGCUUGGUGUCGGGGCCGAGUCCGGAGCCAGCGGCACAGGCUUCCGGAUCAAGGACAGCACCAACAUCAUCAUCCAGAACCUGAAGAUCGGGCCACCUCCUGCUAAGGCUGAUGCCAUCGACGUUGAGUCGAGCACCCAGAUCUGGGUUGACCACUGCGAGCUUUUCUCCGUCGGCCUGACUGGCGGCAAGGACGACUUCGAUGGACUUUUCGACGCGAAGCGCGGAUCCGACAACUUGGAGGUGUCGUACACCAAGUUCUACGAUCAUUUCAAGGGGAGCUUGAUCGGACACUCCGACAGCAACGCAGACCAGGACACCGGCAAGCUGCGCAUCACCUACCACCACAACAGCUUCGUCAACGUCGGCUCCCGCCUGCCCUCCCUGCGCUUCGGCACCGGCCACAUCUUCAACUCGGUCUUCCAGGACUGCCCCACCUCGGGCAUCAACAGCCGCAUGGGCGCGCAGGUGCUCGCGGAGAACAACGUCUUCGACAACGUCGACCGCGCCAUCGUCACCAACCUCGACAGCGACGAGCCGGGCUUCGCCUGUGACAAGGGCAACGUCCUGAGCGGGACCAGCACCGUUGAGAUCACGCAGGAGUGCAGCUUCGCGCCUGAGUACGACUACACCCUUGAUGGGACUGAUGGGCUGAUUGCUGCUAUUGAGGCUAGCGCUGGUACCGGCAAGAUUUGA